CUGGAAGCAGGGAUUUGAGAUCGCGGGACGGUUGCGUCCAGGGAAAAAAAUUGGGUGACAUCUCGGCGAAAUACGAAACAUGGGAGAGGAUUUGGAGGCUUGACCCACCGCAAUUAAACGCGGAAUGAAACGGCGCAGAACGGCACAAGCGGAUCAUCUGGGCCCCUCCAAAUGAACGUCGGCGCUCAGGCUGAUAUCGGAUCCAAACGCGAUAUACAGCCUAAAGCUAAGGAACCCAUUAAGGGAGGGGGAUCCGAAUGGCGUGAACCCUACUCAGAAGGAGAUGACACGUAUUUCCUUUGUUGUGGGUUGCAAGCGAUUGCCAUCGGUAGCUGCUCCUGGAAUGAAGAUACCCUAACCGGUGCUGCAGUGUGUCGGCCAACCAGCGGGCACAAAGGGCCAGACGCACGAUUAAGAUCCUUCACUUGCGCUCGGCGGAUGCAGGGUCCUUGUCCCUCUCACUCUAUCUGCCCUCGGAAUCGGUGUCCACCUGCAAUGAUCUCCGGCCGGGGGGGAAUCCUUUGUUUGUUCCCACACUUGCUCCGUCGACCCACUCCGAGACGGGCUGGAGACCCUCCGGGAUCCUGCGGACCGCGUCGGCGAUUUCGAAUACAGGGGAACAGCGCAAACGACUGUUUGAAAGGACUGUUCGGGUGUAAAAGUGGACGUGGUUUGUCCGCGGUUGAACGAGGUCGCCCGUGGUGUCUGUCUAGUCGCUUAGGAUGAUGCGAGGCAGCGCUGUUCGGGUUUUACAACCAGACGGCUACCACCGUCCCAAUCUGACGAUACGUUCUUGCCAGUAAGUCUUGUUUGAACCGGAGCCUGGACGCCUGUGAUACUCACGACAGUCGACAUGUCGUUCCUCCGCUUCUUGGCGUGUCUCUCAUAUCGAAACCUAAGCAAGGCGUUAAGUGGAGGCACAGAACCAAGCUUGUCCUCGGAUCAAUGACUUGGCAUCCUCGAAUGUGUUGCUGUGA